CGCACCCCGCAUUACCCAUGCACGUACACAUACACACGACGCGCACGGCCUAUCGCACGAUAUAUUAGCGAAACUCAGUGCGUGGCUAGAAUCGCCUCUUCUUCUUUUUUUUUUCCCUCUUGCGCUCCAUUUUGUUCCUUCAUUGCCGAACAAAAGACCGAACGUGCGGGGGGAAGCUGCAUCGUGUGUGGUUUCGUGCCCAUCACGUAACUUGCCGCAGGCGCUUGGGAGCACAUAUAGAAUAACUAAAGCAAACAAUAAAGUUACCCCUUACGACCUACCCUCUACUACGUCGGUGUACAGUAGCUCGUGUGUACGCGAUUACGUAUGCCUAGCCUGUAGUUAAAAUUAUAAACGAGUGAAUUAAUUUUCAACCAACACCGCGCUCUGUCGUCGAAACAAAACAAAAAACAAAAAAAAAAAGACCAAGGAAGCAAAUAAACGAGACAAUAAUUUAAAAACUAGGAAAAUAAAUAAAUAGGGGAAAAAUCGGCCUGCGACGCUGAGUAAAAAUUAAAUAUAAAACAAGAAAAUCCAAAAAUCUUGUUGUCUGUAUACCCACGCACCUACGCAGUAACGGUAUGUAUAUAUAUCGCGUGUAGACAGCAGAGAAGUACAGCGACCAAAGUAUUUGGACAGCGCUUUCCUUUCCUUUUUCUUCUCCUCCUCCUCGACAGCUCGAUUAUUUUUGGUUUUUUUUUUUUUUUUUUUUCUUUCUUCAUUGACACACUGAGCUCCCGACGAAAUGCAGCUGAGCGUUGCGGUUUUUUAGCAGCAGCUCAAUCACGGCUAGCCGGAUUUUUGCGUACCCUAGGAGAGCCGAGGAAGCCACGUUCGCCGCAUGGGUGCCUGGGCUGACAGUCGUGCCGCGGCGGAGGUGGAGGAGGCAGUCGUGGCGGCUACCACGUUGAAAAGAACAAAACCAUCGUCGUCGUCGUCGUCGUCGUCGUCCACAGGAUCGGCUCGUAAACGACGAACCCACCAACACCAGAGCAAAGCGUCAACGAGACACCAGAAGCACCCAAGGUCCCACGUCGGCCAUGACGCCGGCAGUUUCAACGGCUUGUCACCGUUGCGCCGACAGUUCGCGAGACAACUGUACGAGUGGCCCGCGCUCUUACCCGUACUGAGGACGAAAAACCGUUUUUACCAUUAACUCCUCUGUUUUCAUCCUUUCCGAGAUACAUAUACACAUAUAUUAUAGUGUUUGCGAUGAUGUUUACGUGCGCGACGUGCUAAGUGUAACGAGUAGCGUCUCCGCCGAAAAUGGCCGACUGGACGAUGCUGAACGGCUGCGAGGAGCGCGCGGCCGAGACACUCCCGCAUCAGGACUCGAGGAUCAUUCUCACGAGGCAGCGGGAGGACGACGCCCCAACGGUCCGCCGGUCUUUGAGCGCCGGCCGGCGUGGCCACGGCGAGGACCUUGUAAGCAUACUGGCGAGCGAGGAGAGCUUCGCGCCGGCCGGCAAACCGAUGGGCUGCGAGGCCGGGGAGUCCGACCGGAUACUGGAGCCCGUAGGGCCGGCCAACGAGGAGACCGGCGGGCAAAUCAGGAGGGACGCCAGACUGGAGCUACUGCGAGGGCUGUACGGAACGGAGGAGGGGAACGGGAGGAACGGGCGGGAGCAGCACCACGUGCAGUUCAACCGGAACAUAUUGAACGCGAGCGAGGGUACGAAGAAGGGGGCCACCAGUCCGUCGAUAUCGUCGGCGUCGGGCAGCUCGGAGGAGGAGGAGGAGGACGACAGCUUGGAGAAUCUAGCGGAGGCCAGGGCCCCGGACGGGGGUUACGGCUGGGUCGUCGUGGCCGCCGCGUUCAUGGUCAACCUCAUCGCCGACGGGAUAACCUUCUCGUUCGGGGUGAUAUACCACGAGUUCCUCAAGUACUUUGGCGAGGGCAAGGCGACGACCUCCUGGAUCGGCUCGUUGUUCAUGGCCAUGCCCCUUCUGUCCGGGCCCAUAGCCAGCUUCCUCACCGACCGCUACGGGUGCCGGAGGGUCACGAUAGCCGGCAGCAUACUGGCUACCUCGGGCUUCGUCGUCAGCUACUUUGCCACGUCCCUGGAGAUGCUGAUCCUGACCUUUGGGGUGCUGGCCGGGUUCGGGCUGUCCUUGUGCUUCGUGGCAGCCGUGGUCAUAGUCGCGUACUACUUCGAGAAGAGGCGGUCGUUCGCGACGGGUCUGUCGGUGUGCGGCAGCGGGAUCGGCACGUUCAUCUUCCCACCGCUGAUCCAGAGGCUGCUCGAGGAGUACGGGUGGCGCGGCACGACCCUCAUCCUGUCGGGCCUGUUUUUGAACCUCGCGGUCUGCGGGGCGCUGAUGAGGGACCUCGAGUGGACCCGGCCCAAGUCGAAGCUCCGCCGGCAGCUGGAGGAGGAGCGCAAGCAGAGGCUGCGGACGGGCCAUCAGCGGAGCUCGAGCGCGGACGACUCGUUCUCGGCGAGCAGCUCGGCCAACACGGCCCAGACCCUGCACGGGGGUGGCUGCCCGGACGGUGGGCCCGUUGAGGAGGUGGGGGCCCGGGAGGACGCGGACAAGCUGUUCUCGAGCCUGGUGAGUCUGCCGACCUUCGUGAAGAACGGCGAGCGGGUGCCCCUGGAGGUGCUCGAGCUGCUCAGCGCCAAGAGGAGCGUGUACAACGUGCUCGUGCAAAACUACCCGAGCCUCAUGAUCACGUCGAGGAGCUUCAGCGACUCGAGUGGCCUGCACGAGCCCACCAGUCCGCCCUCGGCUAGGUUCGUGCCGGUUGUCAGUCCGUUGGCUGCCGAGGACAAGGGGGAGCCCCAUCACCGGGACGACAAACCCGAGCUGUUGCAACGACAGAAGAAGGAGGAGGAGGAGGAGCGUCAAGGCGAGGUGGCCGAGUGGUGGUCGAGGGACAAGCCGGAGGCGAGGCUACGCCGGUCGUCCAUCGCCGCUGAGCAUCCCCGGCGCUUCACGACCGCCUACCUGAAGGACAUAAGGAUGCACCGGCACUCGUUGACGUACCGCGGCGCCAUGCUCAACAUAAACAGGUACCGGCUGCGCGCCAGCAGUUGUCCCGACAUCCUGCGCAACUCCAUGACCACCAUUGCCAAGGAGGAGGCCGGCCACUCGGGAUUGCGCGAGUUCAAGGAGCUCAUCGUCAACAUCUUCGAUUUAACGCACUUUCGCGAGCCCGUGUUCACAUUGUUCGCCAUGAGCAAUUUUUUGCUCCACACCUGGUACGACGUGCCUUACAUGUACCUCACCGACAACGCCAUCGAGGUGGGCUUCAGCGAGACCGAGGCCUCCUACCUCAUAUCCGUCAUCGGCAUCAUGAACAUGGCCGGCGAGAUCUUGCUGGGCUGGGUGGGCGAUCGCGCCUGCAUCAACGCGACGGUGGUCUACGCGAUCUGCAUGGCUAUGACCGGUGGCUUCGCCGCUCUCAUACCCACGGUUAUCAAGUGUUACUAUCUAUUGAGUGCCAUUGCCGGUGCCUUUGGCUUCUUCAUCGCGGCCAACUACAGCCUCACCAGCAUCAUACUCGUCCAGGCGAUCACCAUAGAAAGGUUCACCAACGCCUACGGCCUGCUACUCUUUGUCCAAGGAAUCGCCAAUCUCAUGGGGCCGCCUAUUGCAGGUAUAUCGGUAAUGUACGGAGGCCGAGUCAUAGACAGCUACGAUCGGCGAGUCUCCAAAGUGUACAUGGACGAGUACUUUGGCGAUUUCCUCUUCGACGCCUUCCAGCCGUAUCAUUUUUACAAAGACGAGCAAGUGGACUACGUAGUGCCGAUCCCGGGAGAUCGGCAGUCUUACCUCGAGUUCAUCGAGUCGCUGCCACUUGUAAAUACACCGGAAGUCUUUGGCCUUCAUCCCAACGCCGAGAUCGGCUACUUUACCCAGGCGACUAAGGACAUGUGGGCACAUCUCAUUGAUCUUCAGCCGCAAACUGGUAGGUUUACUUGA